UUGACUCUUCGUGCCUUGGGUUGGUACGCAAGAUCGGGGAGAUGAACGAUCAGGUAAUUACCUGCCCCCAUGCAGGUCUCACCUCUGUUCCAUGCACCUUCGGCAGUGGCUUAGGCAUUUCGUCGAACACCCGGUGAGCACGCAUCUUCUCCGCGAUGUUUUGACGCGGGACUGCUCUCGAACCAUCAGAACAGGCGAACCCAUUUUCAAGAUCGGUGCGCAUCACCUGCUCGACGAUUUGGGGCAGUGGAUUCGCUGUUCUGGAAUCGGCGUUCGGGAUGGACGAGUUCUUCAAGAACCGAAUGUUUACGACGCACGCGGUCGCCGCCGCCGCUUCGGUCACAUUGGGAACGGCCCUCACUUAUCCUCUCGAUACUAUCAAGACCCUUAUCCAGGUUGGUUCUGGCUCAACUAAGCAGUUGACUCCGGCGCAGGCUGUGGAAAGAGUUCGGGCUUUGUCCGGAGGUUUAGGAGGUCUUUACAGUGGCUUUGGAUGGCUGACGUUGGGGAGAACAUUUGGUCUAGGAGCUCGUUUUGGUGUUUACGAGAUUCUAACAGCAUAUUGUAAAGAUGGUCGGGAAGACAAUUAUGUGUAUGUCUCUGAGGCCCUUAUGGCUGGACUUGCUGCUGGUGCAGCAGAAUCCCUUAUAAGCUCUCCGUUUGAACUUCUCAAACUACGUUCACAGGUGACCACUGCUUCUCGCAUUUCAUCCUCUGCAUACGUCAGAGCAGAGCCAGCUGCUUCACCUGCAAUUGAAAGGUUACUAAAAGGAUAUAACCCAGAUAAGCGAGUCUUGAGCGAGUAUGUUGGCCUUUUGUCCACCUUAACCACCAAGCAUCCCAAUAUGGCAGCCGCCUUGCAAGAGUACCCAUGGAUGAUGACUGGGUCUGGCAGGCCACCUUCUAUAUGUGAUGUAAAGAGGCCAUCAGACAUCAUUUCUUUGGAAGGUUGGUCAGCACUAUGGAGAGGGCUCCGAUCUGGAAUUGCUCGAGAUUCCUUUUAUGCAGGCAUAUUCUUUUCUAGUUGGCAGUUCAUGCACCGAGCUAUGCUUGACUGGAAGGCAGUGGGGAUGGAUCCUGAACCAAGUUCUGAUGAAGAAAUUGGUCCUCUGUCUCCGCUAGCUGUUAGUCUCUCUGCUGGAUUUUCUGGAAUGAUUGCUGCUGCAAGUUCUCACUGUUUUGACACAGCCAACAGUCGAUCUCAAUGUAUUGUGCUACCUAAGUAUAUUACUAUGGAAAGAAAGCUUCUCAAAUGGAAAACACCAGGCAACAGAUUUGAGAGAGCAACUGGCAUCCACCCUUCUGACAGGAAUCUUCUCUUUCGCGGAAUUUGGAUUCGAAUGGCUCGAAGUGGCAUUGCAUCUUUCAUGAUUGUCGGUGGUUAUUACUUUGCUGUAGAUCAUCUAAUUACAAGCUGAAUGGAUAGGACUCACUCUUUGAUAAACUGGAUAGCUGUUAUCAUCUGACAAUUAUGCAUUUGAUUCCAUUUGGUUUGACGCAAAUGUAAAGAACAUGAAAUGGCUCAUGUUCUACUCAGCGGCAUCUUUCACACUAGUGGCAUGAGUGAUGACUCUGGAUGCAGAUGUAGAAGAGCCGAAUUACAUGUGGAGUGAAUUCCUCCUUAUGCCAAUAUGUGCAGAUGCCCAGUUGGCUUUGCUUA